AUGUUUUCCCCUCUGAAGAGCGUGUGGUCACAGGCAGUACAGAGCCACAAGUUUUCUGGUGACACAGUUACAAAAGAGAACUUCCUUGAAAUCUACGGGACUGCUCACCUUAAAGCCUUUACCAAGGAGAACAUACUCAAGGCAUUUCAGAAAUCUGGAAUUUGGCCGCUCAAUCAGGAUGUUGUGACUCCUGAAAUGAUGUGGCCAAGCACUAUGACAUCACUUGAUGCGAGUUCAGCAGUCCCAGUGAUGCUUCCCUCACCAGUUAAAAAGGGAAUGAACUUCUUCUGUGCCAUGCAUGAGUGUGAGGCAGACUACCGGCAGCAUAGGCAACAUGAGAUGCAGUCAUCAGCUCAACUGGACUCACACUCCAAGGAGCUGUCACAGGGACCCAAAACCCCCCAAACAUCUCAGAUAACAUGCUAUUCUCCUUAUCAGGCACCUAGAACUCCCAGAGAACAUUGUCAGAUACCGACAAUAGACCCAAAUUUACUCUCACCUUUCCUUCCUCCCUCAUCUGCUGAGGAUUCAUCUACCAUCAAAUAUAACAUUGCUACCCCCAAUUUAUCAAAAGCAUGCACCACUCAAGAGGGCUCCCUCUGCAACACACUGCCAGCACCACCUGUGGUAACCCAAGCUAAUCAACUCCACAUCGAGAAUGAAGUACUAAGAGAGGACGUAAAUGCAUUGGACAAUGCAUUAGCCAAUGUUUACAAGGAGAUGCAAGAUGGAUUUGAUGCAGUGUCAUAUCCAUACCAACUCUGCCCAACCUCCAACCUACUCCGCCACCAUUCUGGUUCACUUCCAGUGAAGGCUGAUGAAGCUGCAUUAAGGAGAACACAAAGAGAGACUCAGAAGAAACUCGUAGGAGAGAUUGCAGAGCUCAGGAAACUGAGGGCUGGAGCAUGGGAGGCAGCUGGGCUGGACAAUGAGGUGCUGCUGGAGAAUUGGGAGGUGAUGAAGGAAGCGCACUGCAACCAGGGUGAGAAACCUCCACAAAAGCCACAUGUUGCUAUGCAUGCAGAGGUUUGGGCAUUAGUAACAAAGCCUGAAUUGGAGGAGCAGGCCAAAGAGGAUAAUGUUGGUGAUUCUGAGUGCUUGGGGAGCUCAGGUGAGGAUGGAGACAGUUCAGAGGAGAAGGAUGAGUAG